AAAGGGCAGCUAGUCGAUCGUUGUUGCUCGUGUUAUAGUAGCUUACUCGCGGUCGCCAUCAUGGAAGGCUCACAUAAAUGCGCGGAGGUCCACUCUUCUGUUGAGACCAGUAUCGCUCUCGCCUCCGGUCCUUGUUGAUCCUUCAUAGUUAGGCGCAUCUCUACUGCAUUUCUUUUCCUUGGGUAGACGAUUGUUCAUAGUUUGGACCCAACAUGAAAAAAUUCUACGGCCUUACGGGUACAAAGCUCAACAUUGCCAUUGCAGUCAUUGCAGGCACUGAUUUUGCGCUUUUCGGCUAUGAUCAAGGUGUGAUGGGCGGUUUGCUCACGCUGGGGUCUUUUCUCAAGCACUUUCCAGAAAUCGAUACUGCUCAUCCACCGACCGGGACUACUGCAAGCUACACUUCCACCAUCCAAGGCAUCACAGUCGGCGCAUAUACACUUGGCUGCUUCUUCGGCGCUGUGGCAACAAUAUGGCUUGGCAAUAUGCUUGGACGCAAGCGCACUAUUUUCGUCGGAAGUGCAAUCAUGGUUGUCGGGGCAAUCUUACAAACUUCCUCGUUCGGCCUGCCGCAACUCAUAGUAGGACGUUGGAUAACAGGAUUUGGUAACGGCAUGAAUACAUCAACAGUACCAACUUGGCAAGCCGAGACCAGUAAGUCCCAUCGCCGAGGACAAAUGGUCAUGAUCGAAGGAUCAUUGAUUGUGUUCGGCGUCAUGCUCAGCUACUGGAUCGACCUUGGAUUCUCUUUCCUGGAGCCAAGUACCAUUUCUUGGCGAUUCCCCAUUGCGUUCCAGAUCAUUCUCGCUCUAUUCAUUCUAGCAUUGAUCCCCGGUUUACCUGAGUCGCCUCGUUGGCUCGUCCUCAAGGGCCGAGAUGACGAUGCUUUGCAAGUGCUGUGCGCCCUCAGCGACCUGCCUCCGGAGGACAAAAAGAUUCAGAGCGAAUUCCAGGCUGUCAAAGAUACUGUCUUUGAGAUGCAGAAGGGCGGUUUCAGAGACUGUUUUAGGAUGAAUAAAAACCGCAACUUUCAUCGCACAGCUUUGGCUUAUGUCAACCAGAUGUUCCAGCAAAUCUCGGGGAUUAACAUCAUAACGUACUACGCUGCGACGAUUUUCGAGCAAAACAUUGGCCUGUCGCCCUUUCUGAGUCGUCUGUUAGCUGCGUGCAAUGGUACGGAAUACUGGAUGGCAUCUUGGAUUGCCAUUUUCACGAUCGAAAAAUUCGGUCGACGAACAUUGAUGAUCUUCGGAGCAGCAGGUAUGUCCGUGAGUAUGUGCGUCCUGGCUGGCACUACCAGCAAAGUCAGCGAUAGCAUGGGUAUUGCUGCCGCUGUGUUCCUCUUUGUCUUUAACUCAUUCUUCGCCAUCGGUUGGCUGGGGAUGACAUGGCUCUAUCCUGCAGAAAUCACCCCUCUGAGCAUCCGUGCUCCAGCAAACGCCAUCUCCACCACGGCAAAUUGGAUCUUCAACUUCAUGGUAGUCAUGGUCACGCCUCCUGCAUUCGCAAACAUUGGAUACCAGACAUACAUCAUCUUCGCCGUAAUCAAUGCUUUCAUAGUUCCUUGCGUUUAUUUCUUCUUUCCGGAGACUGCAUACCGUUCUUUGGAGGAGAUGGACGAGAUCUUCCACAAAACGACGAAUCCCUUCAAUGUGGUCAAGAUUGCAAAGCAGAUGCCGCAUCGGUACGACAAGCAUGGCGAGUUGCUCAUCAGUUACGAGGAGACCGAGGAGGCACAAAUGUAUGCUGAGAGAAGGAGAAGUAGCGUUGUAGCGGCGGAGGCAAGGAGGGCGAGUUUUGCGGCGGUGAAUGGGGAAAAGGAAGACGAGGUGGAACACCGAGAGUAGAAUACGCCAUGUCGGCGGAAAAGCGAUCACUGGAGGCAUCGGAAACGGCCAAUAUAUCAUUGACGGACUCAAAAGUUGGCAAGGUUAUCCUGAAAUCUAUCUGAGUUCCCUGGUCAGGGACUGGUUGUCACGCUUGACCAAGACCUUGCCCAGACC